CAGUAAUACAAAGACCCCUAUGCUGUGAGCGAUGCUGGCUGAAUGACUGGCCACCCUGAGUCCUUGCAGACCUUAGAAUCAGCCAGGGCCAUUCAUGGCCGUCACAUUUCCAUUCUGCUCUGACUCAGCUCUUACAGAACGGCACAUACAAGGUGUCAUGGAUGAACUCCAAAGCUUGGACCCCAGAAGGCAGGAGUUGCUAGAGGCCAGAUUUACCGGAGGUGUCAGUGGCAGUACUGGAAGCACUGGGAGUUGUAGUGUUGGAGCAAAAGCCUCCACAAACAAUGAAAGCUCCAACCACAGCUUUGGGAGCCUGGGUUCUUUAAGCGACAAAGAGUCAGAGGUAUGUUUACAGACUCCAGAAAAGAAACAGCCAGAUUCUUCACGGGGGAGGAAGAGGAAAGCGGAGAAUCAGAGUGAAAGCAGUCAAGGAAAAAACAGCGGAGGCCGAGGACACAAGAUUAGCGACUACUUUGAUUACCAAGGUGGAAAUGGCUCCAGUCCUGUAAGAGGUCUACCUCCUUCAAUACGGUCUCCACAGAACUCGCACUCACAUUCCACCCCUUCAUCUUUUGUCCGACAGAAUAGUCCUUCUCCUACUGCGUUAGCGUUUGCGGACCAUCUUCUAACACCCACAAAACAAUUAUCAUAUAAACUAAUUCAAACGGAUCUUACAAUGAUGAAACUUGCUGCAUUAGAAAGUAAUAAAAAUCAGGAUCUGGAGAAAAAAGAAGGCAGAAUAGAUGAUUUGCUCAGGACGAACUGUGACCUUAGGCGACAAAUAGACGAACAGCAGAAAAUCCUUGAAAAAUACAAAGAAAGAUUAAAUAAAUGUAUUUCAAUGAGCAAGAAACUUCUCAUUGAAAAGAGCACUCAGGAGAAAUUGGCAAGCAGAGAGAAGAGUAUGCAGGACAGAUUACGGCUAGGACACUUCACCACCGUCCGGCACGGGGCCUCGUUUACAGAACAGUGGACAGAUGGAUUUGCUUUUCAGAAUCUUGUCAAGCAGCAAGAAUGGGUGAAUCAGCAGAGAGAAGAUAUUGAACGACAAAGAAAACUACUGGCAAAGCGAAAACCUCCAUCUACCAACAACGCUCAGACCCCGUCCUCCAACUCCGAACCAAAGCAGAGGAAAAACAAAGCUGUCAACGGGGCAGAGAAUGAUCCUUUUUUAAAACCUACUUUACCCCAAUUGUUAACGUUAGCCGAAUACCACGAGCAGGAAGAGAUUUUUAAACUCCGACUUGGGCAUUUGAAAAAGGAGGAAGCAGAGAUCCAGGCAGAACUGGAACGUUUAGAAAGGGUUCGAAAUCUGCACAUACGAGAACUGAAAAGAAUUAACAAUGAAGACAACUCACAAUUUAAAGAUCACCCUACGUUGAACGAUAGAUAUUUAUUACUUCAUCUACUUGGUCGAGGUGGUUUUAGUGAAGUGUACAAGGCUUUUGAUCUUUACGAACAAAGAUAUGCUGCUGUGAAAAUUCACCAACUUAACAAGAGCUGGAGAGACGAGAAGAAAGAAAAUUACCACAAGCAUGCCUGCAGAGAGUAUAGAAUACACAAAGAACUUGAUCACCCCCGAAUAGUGAAACUUUAUGAUUACUUUUCCUUGGAUACAGACACGUUCUGUACGGUGCUGGAAUACUGUGAAGGAAAUGAUCUCGACUUCUAUCUGAAACAACACAAACUGAUGUCUGAAAAAGAAGCCAGGUCUAUCGUAAUGCAAAUAGUCAAUGCACUACGUUAUCUCAAUGAGAUCAAGCCUCCCAUCAUCCAUUACGAUCUAAAGCCAGGAAAUAUUCUCCUUGUCGAUGGUACGGCAUGUGGUGAGAUUAAAAUCACAGACUUUGGUUUGUCUAAAAUAAUGGAUGAUGACAGCUAUGGUGUGGAUGGAAUGGACUUGACCUCACAAGGGGCUGGAACCUACUGGUACCUUCCCCCAGAAUGCUUUGUGGUGGGCAAAGAACCACCCAAGAUUUCCAAUAAAGUGGAUGUGUGGUCUGUAGGAGUCAUCUUUUUCCAGUGUCUUUAUGGCAGAAAGCCAUUUGGACACAAUCAGUCACAACAAGACAUAUUACAAGAAAAUACCAUACUGAAAGCUACAGAUGUUCAGUUUCCUGUGAAGCCUGUUGUAAGCAAUGAAGCCAAGGGGUUUAUCAGGCGGUGCUUAGCUUACCGCAAAGAAGACAGAUUCGAUGUUCACCAGCUGGCGCAUGAAGCCUAUCUUCUCCCACACAUGAGGAGAUCUAAUUCUUCAGGAAACCUGCACAUGUCAGGGCUAGUGGCCUCUCCCACCACACCUACGUCAAGCAUCAUUUCAUACUGAUACUCGGAUCUUGGCUGGCAUGAAUCCUCCCACACUAGCUUUCAGGUGCAAGUUUUAGUUUGAAGCCGAAGCAAGGAUUUGAGUAUUUCUUUUCGUUUUUUUCUUUUUCCCCAUGACAGAGGAUGUGUUUGGAGACAUUUGUGUGUUUUGGGGGACGUAUCUUCUUAGUGUUAUUUGUAUGAUGAGCGAAGACAAGACUGUGAAGACCUCUAUCCUAUGACUGUAACGUUUGACCUUGGCCUCGGUGUGCUAUAAAGCCAUUUUCAAGCUACUGGGAAUAACCUGGACUCCUGUCUCCUGACCCUGUGUAAUAUUAUGGGUUAGGGGCCUGCGUCAAGGCGCACAUGAGCGUGAAUACGAAACCAGGUUUGAUUGCUGUUCAACAUGGAGAUUUAUUCUUUUUUUUUUUUUCCGUUAGAGGGGACUUUGUAAAUAUUCUUUGUAAUACUAAAACACAAUUGGUUGAUACUGGAGAGUUUUAGCAUGAUAGGCAUUUUUCAUUAUAUACUAAAGCAAAUUGAAAUCCAAGAUUAAAAUAAGACUUACAUAAGGGAACGCUUGCUGCCCAUUCUUGGACAACUGUCGUUGAAACCAAAGCUGAAAGAGAGGGGUAGUCACAAGAUCUAUUUUCUAGGUCUUCUUUUUUUUUAUCACUUUGGGCCACUUAUAUAUCGACUGUCUGAAAGGAAAUGUGAAGGUA